AAAAAACCCUAAAAAGGUAGAAACUUCUCUGUUUCUUUCAUCAUCUCCAUCUUUACUUUGUUUUCUUAUCUGGGUAUUGAUCAAAAUACUCAAACACUACCUGCUGCGACUAUGGCCUAUGAUAACAAACCCAACACUUCCAUGGACGCUGAUGCCCAAAGAAGGUUGGGAAGGGGAAAGAUCGAGAUCAAGCGGAUCGAAAACACCACCAAUCGCCAAGUUACCUUCUGCAAAAGGCGCAAUGGUUUGCUUAAGAAGGCCUAUGAGCUCUCUGUUCUCUGCGAUGCUGAGGUUGCUCUCAUAGUCUUCUCUAACCGUGGCCGCUUGUAUGAGUAUUCCAACAACAGUGUUAGAGAAACGAUUGAACGAUACAAGAAGGCAUGUGCAGAUUCUUCAAAUAAUGGAUCUGUCUCUGAAGCUACUACUCAAUACUAUCAGCAAGAAGCUGCCAAACUGCGUAACCAGAUAAACGCUUUACAGAACAGUAACAGGGGUUAUAUGGCUGAGGGUUUGAGCACUAUGUCUGUCAAGGAGCUCAAGAACGUGGAGGCCAAACUUGAGAAAGCAAUUAGUAGAAUUAGAUCCAAGAAGGUAUCUUUAGAAUCUGAGUAUUUGAUAAUAUUUCUGGUGGCAUGGAUUUAUAUACCACUGACAAAUUUUCCCUUUUCUGUUCACUCUUCUUUCUUCACUUUUCUUUAUCUCAAAUUCUCUCAGAAUGAGCUCUUGUUCGCCGAAAUUGAGUACAUGCAGAAAAGGGAACUUGACUUGCAUAACAAUAACCAGCUCCUCCGAGCAAGGGGGCAGAUAGCUGAAAAUGAGAGGCACCAGCAAAGCAUAAAUAAUGGGAUUGCCGGAGGGCAUGGAAGCUACGAGAUCAUGCAGCCUUCUCAGUCAUUUCACGAGGCUCGCAAUUAUUUUCAAGUGAAUGCUUUGCAACCCAAUGUUCAUCAGUACUCGCGCCACGAGCAGAUUUCGCUUCAAUUAGUUUGAUAUAUAUAUUUAUGCUUGGCCUGGUUUCUGCUGACUUCAUCUUAAUGGAGGGUGCAUAUAUAUGUACUAUGGCACCAAUUGAAAGCUCGCUACCUACACAUAGUGCUUUUAUAAGUAGGAGUUGAGCAGAAAUCAGCUUUUCUUGUUGUUAAUUAUAAAGAACCUCCCCACAACUAGUAUUGGCAUUACUUGCACCAAGUACUAAAUGGGAUGUCUUGCUUGUAUAAUUAUUACUUAAUUCUGCAGCGCACUAU